AGGUUCAAAGAGAAAAUUUUAUUGUUUAAGAUGGCUAGAACAAAAGAGUUUACUGCUUGUUUCUCUUUUGCGCACAGUGACGUAUUUUCUUUUGGAUUUGUCGUAUAACAUUUACGUAAAAUGGCGAAGAAAACUUACGACUUAUUGUUUAAGUUGCUUUUAAUCGGUGAUUCUGGUGUUGGUAAGACAUGUAUUUUAUUCAGGUUUUCUGAUGAUGCAUUCACAACCACAUUUAUUUCAACCAUAGGUAUCGACUUCAAGAUCAAGACAGUGGAGCUGCGUGGAAAGAAGAUCAAACUGCAGAUAUGGGACACGGCGGGCCAGGAGCGCUUCCACACCAUCACGACCUCGUACUACCGCGGCGCCAUGGGCAUCAUGCUCGUCUACGACAUCACCAAUGAGAAGAGCUUUGAGAACAUCGUCAAGUGGCUCAGGAAUAUUGACGAGCACGCCAACGAGGAUGUGGAGAAGAUGAUCCUGGGCAACAAGAGUGACAUGGACGACAAGAGAGUAGUGAGCCGGGAACGUGGUGAGGCGAUUGCCAGAGAGCACAGUAUUCGGUUCAUGGAGACAUCUGCCAAGGCCAACAUCAACAUCGAGCGGGCGUUCAACGAGCUGGCGGAGGCGAUCCUGGACAAGACGGCCGGACGUGACCAGUUGGAGCCCCCGGACCGCGUCACCGUCAACAGGAAGCUGGACACUGGCUCGAAUCGCUGCUGUUAGGCGUGCGCUGGACUUUGGUAUUACGACACGGUGCUCGGUGCGUCCGUUAUCCGCGUGUGUGGAACCAAACAUUUGUGCACGAGUGUGUGUAUGUGUGCGAGUAUUUUAUCAUUACCAUCUCUGUGUUUGAGCUGGCAUGAGUGCGUCGUAGAGGUUUUUUAAUGGCAAUACGAUGAGCUGCGCUUGAACACACAUUGUACUGUAAUAUACUAGCCAGUAGUAGUGUACGUAUGCGGUAUUGUGUAUAUACUAUAUAUUAUACAGUCCUUGCUUCUUUAGUUUUAAUACAACUUCUUGAGUGCUGUUAUCAACAUGAUUUUUGGAAUGCUGCUCUGCUGUCUACCACAAGAGACAGGUGCUGUUGUGUAGCACCUGCAGAAUGCAGUAGGGAACUAUCCUGGAGAAGACAAAUCUGUUUGCUUAUCAUCAAUGUGGAUGUUAUUAAUAAUGCACACUCCUUAAAUGUAAGCAUAUAUUUUACUCUACAGUUAUUGCUUGUACAUCAAUCAUGUUUCUUCUGUUUGAAUUUUCUACCAUUUAUUACUUUAUCAUGGUUGUGAAGAAUUUGAAAUACUGAUUGCUCUACAUUGAAAUACAAGUGCCACCUAAAUUUUCUCCAGUAAUUCCACCCAGCAGGUUUCAGAAACAAUAGGAUAUGAACCAUAAGGUGUCUUGCAAGAUGAGUUCGUUUGUUUACGAAGAAUGGUACUGAACUUGUCGGAACAUACUGUUUCCCAUUAAAUUGUUUAAUGUUCCCUCUUAGGCAUCACUUGUUGGAGCUGAGAUUUUUAAUGUUGUUAGCGUUGUAUUUGCACGUGUAUGUUAAUGCUAAAUGUCGUUGUGUUUUGGUCUUAUUCUGUGUGAAGCUAAGUUUUCGUACAUUUCAUAUCACUAUGCCAAGUAAUACAUGUCUGUAUUCACUAUUCAGUUUUGAGUCUGAAAGUAUUUUAUUAAAAAGUCUAUGAAA